GAAGAACUCGGUCACUGUUCAAAACAACACUUGUAGCGUUAGUUCCGGCUGUCUGGCGCCGCGUCCUCAUGAAGAUGUCUCAAAAUAAUCCCGACAAAGACGACCAAACGUCGGCUAACAAAAAAACCAUCUCCCUCCCGAUUUCCCGAGUGCGGUUGAUAAUGAAGAGCUCUCCGGAUGUCUCCAGCAUCAACCAGGACGCGCUCUUCCUCACCACCAAGGCGACAGAGCUGUUUGUGCAGCACCUGGCCGUGUCCUCGUUCAACAGCGGCUCCGGGAAAGAGAGCAACAGUCUGUCAUACAGCGACCUGGCUCACACCGCAGAGGAGACCGACACUUUCCACUUCCUCACAGAUAUCCUGCCUAAGAAGAUCUUGGCACGAGAUUACCUCAAGUCUUUGGAGCAAAUGCAAGAAGAGGACGCUGACUUUUAAAAAAAAAAA